AGAGAAGUUUGAUAGUGGGGAGUGCUUCCUUCCUCUUCUUCCAGCAAGAGUCACUGUAAACGCUCAGGCACAGGCUCACUCAAAACCGAAAUCAAACACAAGUCUGCACAUGAAGACACCAAAGUGAAAGUCUGCAUUGUCAAGCCACUGUUUGUGAAGAGGACCGACAUGUUGCUCCUUUCUCUGCUCGUCUGUCUUUGGUUUAAUGUGGCUGGUUCCCACGCUGAGAACUGCACACAGGCAGUUCUGGCCAGGCGUGCGGAAAUAAGCUCAACACCAGGCAGCACUCUGCUUCUGACCUGCGUGGUCCAGCACUGUGGAGGUAACUGGGGCGGAAGUUGGGUGAGGAGGAACUCUUCGUCCCAGGAGUUAGAAGCGGUCAGCGAGACUGAGAGUCGCAAGAUAUCUUUCCUGUCGAUAUCACGGAACAAAACCCAGCUCCAGUUGAGUCUGGAAAGCCUCGACAAGUCGGAUGAAGGGUCAUAUGGAUGCAGGAUCAAAUGGAGUUCUGGUGGAAGCGACCAGGGGCAUCUUGUACAUGUGACCAUCAUCGGGGAGGAGCAACUGCCAAGAAACCCCUGGCACAGAGUCUUGGUGUGUUCCAGUGCUUUUCUAUGUCUUCCCAUCAUCCUGCUGUUGGCCUGGUGUCUCAGGCCCAGAACUUCCCCCGUGAAACAGGAAGCUCUGCUGCAGGAGAAUGAAUUGGUGUAUGCAAACAUUUCCCCGGACGCACUCAGCAGCCAUCGCUCAGCUUCCAGAGAGACACAGCAGCUCACCAUCUACUCCACAGUCCAGUUUGUUCCGGUGCCCGAUGAAAGAGAACGACUCAACUCUUUGUCACAGAAACAAACAGGAUAAACAAAGUGACAUGAGGAAAUGCUAAAAAAUGUACUUAAAUAUGUCUGUGUUUUGUUUUUGUUUUUUAGCAUGUAGCUUCUCAGUGGUUUGUUUCCAAAGUACUGCAGGUUGUUCUCCAACACAAAUAAUAAUGGAGCAAAAAAUAUGAUUACCAAAAAAGUAAGACUGGGGUGAACAUAAAAUAAAUAUUGAACGAAUUCAUGUUUAUCUCAAGCUCCCCUUACAUGACCUUACAUGAGAGGUUGCAUGACAUUUGUAAACGUAUUAUAUAAUCGGGCUUCAUCAUUGAUACAUUGCAUACGUGGCAGAAAAACUAUAACCACUGAAACCAAUAUAUAGUGUCGACAACUACUUGAGUAAAAUGUUUUAACAGAAUCAUUCACAGAUCAUUUUCCAGGUUUUCAGCUGCAUACUUUGUGAAGUUUAUUUUUUAUUCUUUCAUAGAUUUUGACCUCCUUUAUUAAAUAAUAAAUAUAUUUUUGCUGCAUUAUUAUUAACAUUUGUGAUAUUGUCCAUUUUGCCGUCCAUCUUUAAAUAACUGUAUUAGUGUUUCUACGUGGAUUCUGUAAUAUCAAAAAAGAAAACACACACAAUGACACAAAAUACAACAUUUUAUUUUUUUUUAGAAUAACUUCUCGAUGGCACAUUACAUAACCAAAUAUACAUAGACAUCUUUUUUAAAUUAAUAUAUUUCUCAGUCAUUAGCGUACUCUGCAGUUACAUUUUUACAUGACAUCAAUGCAAAAACAAGUGGAAAUAAAUUAAUUAAAAUAAACAAAAGGGCAUCUUCUGCGGGCAAAGACCUGCUUCACAUGUCAAAACACAGCUUGUGUUGCACACUCACAGAGAGCCAGCAUCUUAAAACAGUCUAACAUGGCAGACAUAUCGGCGUCCAUCGUAUCGGUAUGAGGAUGCAGAUACCAAAACUCUAUCGCCCUCUAGUUCUAGCAGCUCAAAGUGAAUGUUUUGGUACUUGACGACAAAACCUCUGCCCUGUUGUGCUUGUAAGCAAUUUUAAAACCACUAUGCUUU